AUGGCGCUAGCGGGGGUGGCGGUGAGCGUGACGGGAGCGUUUGAGCGGGAGAGGAUGGGGCAGGCGAUCAGGCGAGCAGGGGGCAGGCUCGACACCCUCGUGCACAAGAACCUCCACGUCCUCGUCGCCGAUGACGCGGCCGUGCAGCGAAACACGCAGAGGGUCAGAAAAGCUUGCAAGCUCGGGGUGCCCAUCGUCCGCGAGACCUUCAUCCUCGAGAGCCUCCGGACGGGCAAGCGAGCCAAAGUCGAAGAUCACCUGCUGCAGGUCUCCAAGGACGGAGAUCACCUGCUGCAGGUCUCCAAGGACGGAGAUCACCUGCUGCAGGUCUCCAAGGACGGAGAUCACCUGCUGCAGGUCUCCAAGGACGGAGAUCACCUGCUGCAGGUCUCCAAGGACGGAGAAAGCCCUGCGCACCGGAAGGCGACUGCCGAUAAGCGUCAGGCGCCCAAGGAGGAGGUUGAAGGCAAGGUCCGAGCAAGAGAGGGCGAUGAGAAUGAUAGACAGCCAGUUGAAGCGACGAGCAACCAAGCAGUUCAAAGCAAGAGACGAAGACAAUUGAAUCCUUUCAGCACGAUCUUUCCCACAAGUUAUCGGAUGCUUGUUCGUGAGAGGGUGAGGUUAGCAAAGCCAGGGUAG